AUGCAUCCAUCAUUCAUUAUCUGCGUAGAACAGCCUGCCGGCGGGCAUCCAUCAUUCAUUAUCUGCGUAGGACAGCCUGCCGACAUGCAUCCAUCAUUCAUUCUCUGCGUAGAACAGCCUGCCGACGGGCAUCCAUCAUUCAUUAUCUGCGUAGGACAGCAUGCCGACAUGCAUCCAUCAUUCAUUCUCUGCGUAGAACAGCCUGCCGACGGGCAUCCAUCAUUCAUUCUAUGCGUAGAACAGCCUACCGACAUGCAUCCAUCAUUCAUUCUCUGCGUAGAACAGCCUGCCGACGGGCAUCCAUCAUUCAUUAUCUACGUAGGACAGCCUGCCGACAUGCAUCCAUCAUUCAUUCUCUGCGUAGGACAGCCUGCCGACAUGCAUCCAUUAUUCAUUCUCUGCGUAGAACAGCCUGCCGACGUGCAUCCAUCAUUCAUUAUCUGCGUAGGACAGCCUGCCGACAUGCAUCCAUCAUUCAUUAUCUGCGUAGGACAGCCUGCCGGCGGGCAUCCAUCAUUCAUUAUCUGCGUAGGACAGCCUGCCGACAUGCAUCCAUCAUUCAUUCUCUGCGUAGAACAGCCUGCAGGCGGGCAUCCAUCAUUCAUUAUCUGCGUAGGACAGCCUGCCGACAUGCAUCCAUCAUUCAUUCUCUGCGUAGAACAGCCUGCCGGCGGGCAUCCAUCAUUCAUUAUCUGCGUAGGACAGCCUGCCGACAUGCAUCCAUCAUUCAUUCUCUGCGUAGAACAGCCUCCCGACGGGCAUCCAUCAUUCAUUCUUUGCGUAGGACAGCCUGCCGACAUGCAUCCAUCAUUCAUUCUCUGCGUAGAACAGCCUGCCGCUUUUUCUGCAUCCAUCAUUCGCGGGCAUCCAUCAUUAAUUAUCUGCGUAGGACAGCCUGCCGACAUGCAUCCAUCAUUCAUUAUCUGCGUUGGACAGCCUGCCGACAUGCAUCCAUCAUUCAUUCUCUGCGUAGGACAGCCUGCCGGCGGGCAUCCAUCAUUCAUUAUCUACGGAGGACAGCCUGCCGAUAUGCAUCCAUCAUUCAUUAUCUGCGUAAGACAGCCUGCCGACAUGCAUCCAUCAUUCAUUAUCUGCGUAGGACAGCCUGCCGACGUGCAUCCAUCAUUCAUUAUCAGCGUAGGACAGCCUGCCGACAUGCAUCCAUCAUUCAUUCUCUGCGUAGAACAGCCUGCCGGCUGGCAUCCAUCAUUCAUUAUCUGCGUAGGACAGCCUGCCAACAUGCAUCCAUCCUUCAUUAUCUGCGUAGGACAGCCUGACGACAUGCAUCCAUCAUUCAUUAUCUGCGUAGGACAGCCUGCCGACAUGCAUCCAUCAUUCAUUAUCUGCGUAGGACAGCCUGCCGACGUGCAUCCAUCAUUCAUUAUCUGCGUAGGACAGCCUGCCGACAUGCAUCCAUCAUUCAUUAUCUGCGUAGGACAGCCUGCCGGCGGGUAUCCAUCAUUCAUUAUCUGCGUAGGACAGCCUGCCGGCGGGCAUCCAUCAUUCAUUAUCUGCGUAGGACAGCCUGCCGACAUGCAUCCAUCAUUCAUUAUCUGCGUAGGACAGCCUGCCGACAUGCAUCCAUUAUUCAUUAUCUGCGUAGGACAGCCUGCCGACAUGCAUCCAUCAUUCAUUAUCUGCGUAGGACAGCCUUCCGACAUGCAUCCAUCAUUCAUUAUCUGCGUAGGACAGCCUGCCGACAUGCAUCCAUCAUUCAUUAUCUGCGUAGCACAGCCUGCCGACGUGCAUCCAUCAUUCAUAAUCUGCGUAGGACAGCCUGCCGACAUGCAUCCAUCAUUCAUUAUCUGCGUAGGACAGCCUGCCGGCGGGCAUCCAUCAUUCAUUAUCUGCGUAGGACAGCCUGCCGGCGGGCAUCCAUCAUUCAUUUUCUGCGUAGGACAGCCUGCCGACAUGCAUCCAUCAUUCAUUAUCUGCGUAGGACAGCCUGCUGACAUGCAUCCAUCAUUCAUUAUCUGCGUAGGACAGCCUGCCGACAUGCAUCCAUCAUUCAUUAUCUGCGUAGGACAGCCUGCCGACAUGCAUCCAUCAUUCAUUAUCUGCGUAGGACAGCCUGCCGACAUGCAUCCAUCAUUCAUUAUCUGCGUAGGACAGCCUGCCGACAUGCAUCCAUCAUUCAUUAUCUGCGUAGGACAGCCUGCCGACAUGCAUCCAUCAUUCAUUAUCUGCGUAGGACAGCCUGCCGACAUGCAUCCAUCAUUCAUUAUCUGCGUAGGACAGCCUGCCGACAUGCAUCCAUCAUUCAUUAUCUGCGUAGGACAGCCUGCCGACGCGUAUCCAUCAUUCAUUCUUUGUGUAGAACACCUGCCGACACGCAUCCUUCAUUAA